AUGGUGUUUUCAUAUCGGCCAUUAAACAUUGACGAGAUUCGCCUUUUGAACCUUGAAAAGCUUUGCAAUCACCAGGGACAAUGCGAUUGUCUUAUCACUUGCACAGUUGAGCACAUUUGCCUACCUUCGGCAACGAAGCUACGCCAGAAGGAACGUUAUAAAGGAGAAGAGUAUUCGUGGCCGGAACUUCUUGUACCUCAUGACACAGACACAUUAUUCCCAGGUAGGCGGGAUCCAUGUGUAGACGAGCGAAAACUAUCAGAUCGCAUCGAUGGUCGGGGUAUAGAGACCGAAGCGGCCCUGCCAUGGAGAUAUGAGUGGGGUGACUUCAUUGCCUUGUCCUAUGCUUGGAGACCCGCGGCACCUCAUCAAGACAUUUUGGUUAAUGGGGCUCGUAUGGCUGUUACUAGAAACUUGUAUGACGCUCUAGUGCAACUCCGUCGAUGCCAAAGAAUCCGUCAGGGUUUCAAGCUUUGGAUAGACGCCAUCUGCAUUAACCAGGAUGAUCUCAUCGAACGCGGGCGUCAAGUCACUCGCAUGCGGGACAUUUACCAAUCCGCGUGGCAAGUUGUUAUCUGGGCCGGUCCAGAGGCGGAUCAGAGUUCAGUGGCAUUGACGGCUUUGCACUGGCUAGCUCAUGAAUCCAAGAAGGAGGACCCAUUCGCUGGCUUCUACCGAGAGGGCAAAAUGAUUGAUGCAAGUCCAUUCUUCAUGGUCUGGCCAUCAUAUGAGAGUCCGAUUGAGAAGAAAGUUUACCGAGCACUUUUCGAUUUCUUUUCAAGGGCAUAUUGGCAGCGAAUGUGGAUCAUUCAAGAAGUUGCAGCAGGUCGGAGCGAGACUCCCGUGCUUUGCGGCGAUAAAUGCAUCUCGUGGGGCGACCUCAUUCGAGCUUCGCAGCUCAUCUCGAGAGAUGAAUCAAGGUUCGGUCGGGAUAUUCUGAACACUAAUCUGGCAUACACCAUUCCACCUUGGUCUUUCGACUUCGCCAAGGAUCGCCAGCCGGAGCAAAGGCAGUUCUCAUCUGAAAGAAUGUGGAAGAUAGAAAUGACCAUGAUGGAGAUCCAGAGAAAUCAGCACAGCACAGAUCCUACGAGCAGUUGGAACGAACUGACGCAAGCCUUGACACUCGUUCGGGAAGCUAGCGUUACCGAGGAGAGGGAUAGAGUGUAUGGAAUUUUGGGUAUCAAAGCCGUGGCUGACAAUCUUGUUUGGGAUAGCGAACCAGACUAUGAGAUCUCUGUUGACGAACUUUGGAAGAGCUUUACUGCUGGGUUCUUGGCAGCAGGAAAUUUAACUAUUCUUCGGUUGGUCUCGAGAUAUGCCGGACCACGAAACAUCGGGCAGAAGACUGUCAACGAUCUACACCCAAGGCUGAAGCUACCAUGGCUAGGGCCGUUCGUCCUUUGGGUGAUGAACAGCACUACAAAUUCUGGUAAUUCUCCAGAAGUUGGUACUCCUUGUGUUCACAAUAUUCCCUCCUGGACUGUCUGCUGGUCUUGUGCUCCUGCUCCUGCUGCACCAUUGACAGGGCCAUACCAUGCAGACGCAGGAUUGAGUCAGCCAAUACCAGUGUUUCCAGCAUCUAAUUCCAGCCUCACCGUCAAGGGUGUAGAGCUGGAUACUAUCGUCUCACUGAGUUCAUCAAAUGAAAAGGAGGCGGACACUCGAUACCCAUGGAACUCCUCCUCUUCUCAAGGCAACAUCUACGGUGACCUCGAGGCAGUCAGAACAGCAUUUUGGAAAACCAUAAUCGGCGAUACAACUUCUCAAGGCGGAAUCAAGGCGCCUGAAGACUACGCUUGGUUGCUUCAUCCGAGACUUUGGCAGAAAGGUGUUGCGGGGAUAUACACUUAUGGUUUCGGGCUGCAUAUCUUUAUGGCUCGCAACCGAGAUUUGCGCUUAUGUGGGUAUACUUUGGAAGAGAUCAUUUUCGGGCAAAAUAAAUGGAUUUCGCGAGUGAGGUUGGCUAUUGGUGAUAGUUUUUAUGAUCCUAGCGAGACACAGCGGGAAGCCUUUUCGUGGGCGAUAAACGCGAUGGCGUGGAGACGAUUGUUUGGGACGAGGAAUGGCAGAAUGGGAUUAGGCACAUGUGCAGCUGAGAUCAACGAUAAAAUUGUUGUCUUGAGGGGUUGUAAUACGCCACUUAUACUCAGAGAAUUUAACAACGGCUGGAAGCUCAUAGGGGAGUGUUAUACUCAUGGUGUUAUGUACGGAGAGGUAACUGCCAAGGAUGAUGAACUUGUAGAUAUCACGAUUUAUUAA